UAAUUUGGGUACAUUAACCCUUUAAUAUAGUAAUACAGAUCUUUUUAGCAAAGUAAAAAUAAAUGAAUAUUCCUCUCUGACACAAUGUCUUUGAGAGACUUUCAUUUAAUUGAUGUGCCUUUUUUUUGUUGCUUUGUCAUCAAUAGCACUUCUGUUCAAUCUGUGUAUUUGCUCAGCAUGUUUGCUUUGGGGUGGUGUGUGUUUACACUGUAUUUUACCCAGACUCGUCUAAAGGUUCACAAAGUUGCAUUGCAUGUGUGUGUGUGUGUGUGUGUGUGUGUGUGUGUGUCACUAGUUAUCUCUUUUUGUGCAGUUGCUGGUCAGGCUCCUGAAGUCUCAGUGGAGCCCCAGGCUGCUACUGUGCGCCAAGGGGAGUCUGCCAGCUUUAGAUGCCAGGUGCGGAGAGGUGCACAGCCAAUCCAAGUGGUGUGGAAGAAAGGCAAUAACCAAGCAUUACCAGAUAAUGUUAAGACUGGCCCUGAUGGCUCUGUGCUGACGGUUGCUAACGCUGUACCUGCAAACCAGGGCCAGUACCGCUGCGUGGCAACCAACUCUGCAGGCCACAGCACUGCCACGGCUGCGCUGAACGUCAAACAUGCUCCUAAAGUGCGGCUGACACCCACAGGGCCCCUGCGAGUCAGGAUGGGUCACCCUGUCUCAGUGGAGUGUCGGGCCACAGGCAGGCCACGGCCCAAGCUGAACUGGAAACGCCAAGGCUCCACCCUGCAGCUGGUUACCAAGGACACAAAUGAUGUCAACACCAUACAGUGGCCUGUAGUGCAUCCAGAGGACUCAGGAGUUUACAUUUGCCGGGCUGAAAACAUCGAGGGGGUGGCCGAGGUCAAAGUUGAGAUCAUCGUUGAGGGGCAGCCGGGAGCACCGGUGGCUUCAGUGGGCGCUACAGAAAUGACAGUGGUGGAGGCACAUACGAUCACAAUGGAGUGUCAGGCCAGUGGUUCCCCUCCUCCCGUCAUCACCUGGUCCAAGCUGCGAGCACCGCUGCCUUGGAAACACACAAUGGCUGGUGGAGUUUUGACACUGACCAGCGUGGGGCGCCAAGAUUCAGGACAAUACAUCUGUAAUGCGACCAACAUACAUGGCUACAGUGAAGCGUACACGCAGAUGGAGGUGGAGAGUCCUCCGUACGCCACCUGCCUGCCUGACCAGGUGAGGCUCCAGCCCGGAGAUGCGCUGCGCGUUCAGUGCCUCGCUCACGGCUCUCAUCCCAUUCGGUUCGAGUGGAGCCGGGGGGACAGGGCGAGUCUGCCUCCAGGAGCCACAAGGGAUGGAACGCUGCUCAUCGGCCACGUUAAACUGAGCGACAGCGGGACGUACAAGUGUGUGGCCACCAACCACAUCGGCUCUAGUGAGGCACUGGCCAAAGUCAUCAUAAAAGCUUAAUCCAAUGUGGUCUUGUCUGAUUGACAAACCAUCUAUGCCGCACUUUCAACUCCUGCAAGUUGUGGUCGUUGCCAUCAACACAGUUUAACAGCUAAUAAUGACAAAACAGAGAACUUUACAUUUAACAGAUCCAUAUAUUUUGAUGUAUGAAAGUGAAAUAUAUCAAUGCUGUUUAAAGUCUUGGUGCUGUUAAUGUGGGGUUAAGUUUGUACUUUUAUAUUAUUGUUGCUCUAGCUGCACAUCUCCCCUCUGAUAGCUUUUCUCUGGAACUCAGUGUGGACUUACGUCACAGCGUAGUGUGUGUGUGGGAGUUUCUACUGGUGGAAUGCCUCUGCAUCCUGCCUGCCUCCCUUCAUGUCAUCUGCUAAGUCGGCACCUUUGCACUUCCAAAAUUGAGGGAACGACGAAACAAAGAAAAUCUAAUAUAAAAGCUCUUAUUAUGCGAUUAAAUUCAAAAAAAUAAAGACCGAAUGAAGUUUCAUUCAUUUCAAUGAAAAAUUAUGCUUUAUAAAAUGUUUGUCUGAAAAGGUGUGUGUUGGUUUGCAAAAUGCAAAUACUCAAUCAAUGUAACUGGUUAUUAAAUUCAGCUCUGAAAUUCACAUUGUGUUUAUAGAUGUGUUUGCUGAGGAGACCUCGGUGGCUGAGCGUCCGUUAACGGACAAAACACUAAUCUCAACAUUCACUGGUCAAGAGCCUUGUAACUCCAUUUCAGCUUUUUGUUAUACUCAGAUUUUGGUAAAAUAUUAAUAUAAUGACAAAUGCAAUUAUCUAACCGUCUAUAAAGGAACGGUACAAACUUUGAAGGUGCAGUGUUCAAAUAUUUUAAAAACACAGUUUUUUUUUUAAUUCAAAAUGUUCAGACUUUAGCCUUCAGCCCCAGUCGACGCUGACUUCACACAGCUCCCUCUGGAGAGACUUAAGCCCAGAAAGGGCC